CCAUACCUCGUCCAUGUAGGUUUAGAGGUCAGGAGCGCGUCGUACUGACAUCCUGGGAACAGUAUAUAAGCGGCGCGUCCUCUGUGAGCCACGCACACUUCCCAGUAGAGUCUCUUGGUGGUAGGUCGGGCCGGUGCGUCGCAGUCCACGGCACCGACAUAGAGAUAAGAUGAAGCGGGUUUUACUGUUGCUGGCGCUGGUGGUCGGGGCGGCCCUGGCCGCGGAGGAGCCUCAGGAGGCGGUGGCGGAACCGGAGGGCGAGGUGGAGGGAAAAAUGAUGUUCGGGGUCUCCACCCUGGCAGUGGCCAAGUCCUUCAUCAGUGUCGUCUGGUAUGGCUUCUCGGUGGCGGCUCAGGUCGUCAUCCUCAUCGCCCUCGUCUUUUUGAUCGUCACUCUGGCUUCCGCUAAAACCAUGCUACGGCAAGAGAACAGCAUGGACGACUACGAGUACUACCAAGUCCCCGCCUACGGCCACAGCGGCUACGACGCCAGCAACGGCGGCAGCGGCGGCGGCAGCAGCUACGCCUCAGGGUACAGCAAGAGGUCGGCGGACUUCCCUUCCUUCCUGAACAUGCCAGUCGUCCAGAAGCUCACAGAAAGGGUCCACCAGGCCAUUGAGGCGUACAGCGCGCAGAACUAGCGUCGGGGCCUCUGCCUCACGCCGGGCCGCGCCCAGACUCACCCUCUCCGCCCCUUUUUUUCCGGUGUGCCUUUUGCGAUACUUCAUCUAUCUUAAAGACGAAAAUCUAUCCAUCUUGUUCAGUCUUUCGGUAUUUAUAUUUAUCUUCAUCUAUUAUUUAUUCUUACUUCUCCCAGACAGCACUCGCGGGUUCGAGUUGCCUUUGUCGUAUGAGUAAAUUAGUUUUACUCAGUCAAAAAGAGACGUAUUAUUAUAUGUUUUAUAAUUUUAUAUGAUUCUUCUUCUCAAGUCAAUUGAUAACCCACUACUAAUGUUGAAUGUUUAUAUGUACUUCUUUUAAGAAAUUAUUGUAUAAUGAAUGUUUUUGUCUUGUUACACAGGACAAGCUUCAUUAAGACGAGACUUGUUCGACAAGUGACGCCGCUCAACUGUCCCCGUGACCUCUGACCUGCGACCCGAUAAGCCAGUAGAUUUCUUCUUGGUCAAAGCAACCACUUAAUCCCCAGAGACGCCCCCCCCCCGCCCCCCUUGGCCAGUGCCCGUGUAAAAACGUCUCUUUGUGUCCGUCUUCACCCAACCAUGAUCUCCCAUAUCCAUUAAGGCCUUCCAUUAGCCAUGCAUGCACCAUUAGGGCACCACCAGUAUUGCCCUUUAAUGCACUAACAUUAGCCACAACAUCCAUUAAGCCACCACCAUUGGCCACGAUGCCCAUUAGUUCACAACCAAUGGCCGUACACUCUCAACUCCUGCCCAUCGCCUCCAUUACUCUCCGUCCUUCCCUCCCUGCGCACCUCCGCCUUUUACGAAGAGUCAGAGAUCAUGUAGUCAACAUGAAACUGUGAUCCCCUUCAGGAUUAUGUCUAGUUCACUAGCUUUGACUGACUGUGGCUUUCUUGCUCUCUACGUUUGAGUGUACCUUCUGCUGCGACACGAACACACAAAGAGAGACUCGUUCAGGCUUUAUAUUUUUCAAACCGCGACUGUUUUCCUUUGACUCGACUUUGUAUAGUUUUUGACGUGAUAUUCUAAUGUUCAUCCCUGUUCUUCCAUGACAGUAUCUCUCCGACUUUUCUUUACAUACAUAUAUUUUUAUAAUUCAUUCUCCUUAGCAUUUAACGUGACUGUAAAGUAAAUGCAGGACUGACGCGCUGUGACGAGCUUUCUUAACUUUCUUUGACGUGAUAGAAGACGACGUUAAAUAUGAAAAAAUAGACAAAGAAUCGACCAGUAGACUCCACUUUCUCGUUCUCGUAUCCGACUGAGACGAGAAAGUAUAAAAAAAAGUCGACUUGCAACGAACAGAAUGACGAUUUUGUUUAUGUCUCGGCGAAGCGACAAGCAGGACUGCAAGAACAUUCAUUUCCUCACUCCAGUCUUUCACAAAGGACGAUUAGAGCAACUGCGACGAAGGCGAUCAUGUUACUCCUCCAUCUCUCUUCUCCUCCUCCUCCUCCUACUUCUCCUCCGCGGCUGACGCACGACGCGACUUACUGCCCUGACUAACGCCCCGACGGGACUCUCCUUCCUUCCUUCAUCCCGGCUUCAGUGAAGGAAACGAAGGCACUGUGACUUGCCCUUGACAAUAAUUGCUUCUCAGGUGCCUCAAACACCGAUAAGCUGACGCGAGACACUUGCUGACGCUAAAACUGCUGACGCGAGACAACUGCUGAUAAUCUGACAUGAACAGAUAGCUUUUAUGACUGCUGUGACGACAUAAGCUGCUUACUGUGUUCUUUUCUUCACUUUGUUUUCUUCUAUUCCACGACUGCUUUGUAUAAAGUGCGACUAUAAACUGUACAGAAACCUAAACUGUGUGUGUGUAUAUAUGGACUGUGUUAUGCAAUGUAUUUAUUUUUGUAUGAUAACGAUGUUAUUUAUGAAAUAAAAUUUCAAAUUGUUUAAA